UAUGUCCAACUAUCUUGGCUGCCAGAACAUAUAUACCAUCAUUAAUCAUCUUUAAAAGAAAAUGCACUAUUCCUGGUCUCUUGAAUAGUGCACUUGUGAGUUCUGUUAUGGAGUUCACAAAUACAGCAUAUAUGAAAAAAUGUCUUUUUCAAAAAUACAUUGAACAUUUUAUUCAUUCAAUACUACCUACCUAUUCUGUUCUAUUAAUUCUUGAUAGUUAUAAAAGUCAUAUUAAUUAUGCAUAUAUUAACUUUUAUUUUAAUAAUAACAUUUUUCUAUAUGCACUUCUAUCCCAUACAACCCAUAUACUUCAACCUGCAAAACUUUCUUUUGCUCAGCUCAAAAAAGCCUACAAUAAAGGCUGCGAGCAGCUCUGUUUAGAUAAUAAUAGUGAAUUAGUUACAAAAUAUACAUUCACUAAAAUUCUUGGCCUGGCUUAUAUUAAAAUCUACACAUCUAUGUCUAUUUACAAUAUUUUUAAAACAACUAAAAUCUGGCUGUUUAACCUAAAUGCAAUUAGUCUUGACUGUCUCAAUCCUUCUCUAACAACAGAACAAUUUAAUAUUUCACCAAUUCAACCUACACCAGCUUCAUCAUCUUCACAAUUUUCUUCAACACAAUCUUUAUCUAUACCAACUUCUCUGCUACAAUCUUCUAACUUAAAUCCAAGUUCUAACUUUAUUAUUAAUAAAAAAAAAACAUUAAAAAUAGAGGUUAAAUUAUUUAAUAUUAGAGUUAAUCAGUUGGAAGCAAAGUUAAAAGCAAUGAAAGAUGAAUUAGAAACUUUAAAAAAUUCUGGCAUCUGUUCUUUAUAUUUAGCACUUAAGUAUCCUUUUUCUUAUACUUUUUAA